GAUUAUUCAUUUUGGUUGAUACGCCGGGCUUUUCUGGAUUAAGAAGAAGUACGUAUAUCUUUGUAAGAUCACUAAUACCUUUCCAAUUACUGUGUGUGUUUUGCAAGAAAUGAUAAUCUGCCAUUGUGAAUAAUUUUUAAUGUCGAGUUCAUGAAUAUUUAUCAGAUUAUGUCACUGAACGAUCACAAACCACAUAUCAACAUCUUCAUUUUCUGAUUACUGCUCUCGACAUUUGCUCAAUCCGAUAAUUUAGAUCACUCAUUAGGCAGACACAUCGGAAUCUUCUGACUUUGGAAUCUUGAUUCAAUUUUGGAGAAAACAUUGAAACUUACUAGUAUUCUAGGGUAAUGAUGCAAUGUGCCGUCUGCUUUACGAUGGCAACUUCCAGAAACUAUGGCGUUCUGUCGUGCUUUGCCUGCAAGAUGUUCUUCUAUCGAUCUUCUAAAAACAACCUUAUUUAUAAAUGCAGGAAUAUAAAUCAGUGCUUUCAAAACUACAAUAGCCCUAUCAAAUGCAGAGCUUGCCGGUUUCGAAAGUGCCAGAAAGUUGGAAUGAAACUUUUGACUCUGAAAACGAGUCUUCCCGACCUUGACAAUGACUUGAACAUCUUGUUCGCUGAUUUGGAAAUAAGGGACAGCUCAAAUCAUUCGAUUUUUCUGAAUUUUUACUCGAUGGAAGAUCCAAGCCUUGUUGAUGUUCUUAACAAUGCGAAUACUAUGCAUUUGAUAAAAAGAACUCCUGAAGUGAGAUCAGAUACUCAAGAGUGGUCACUAAUGCUCUCGUUUUCAAAAAUAUCGUAUUUUAUGAGCUUCACCUUCAUCAAUGAACUCAGCUUAGCCGAUAAGUUAAUACUUUUCACAGCCAAUAUUCUGCGAACGGGAACAAUGGCCAGAGCAAUGAAGUCAGUUCUGGAAAAAAGAUCAAUACUGAUAUUUCCCAAUGAGGAGAAUAUAUUCCCGGUUGAGAUGAACACAAUGUUUGAAAACUCUGACGUUUUAGUGCAUCAAAUCGCACUUCGAAUUGUGGCAAAGUUUGCUGAAUUGAGGAUGGACAGACGGGAAUAUCUCCUGCUGAAAAUGAUUGAUUUUUGUAAUUCAGCCAUUUCCGAUAAAUUAUCUUACCAUGCGAAGAAUAUACUAUCAUUCCAUCAGAAAGUGUACAGUUCCGCCUUGCUCCAGCAUUGUCAAUUUACUAAUUCGAGGACCGCUCCAACGAGAUUCACUGAACUUCUUUCGGUGUUUAACACUAUUCAUAAAACCGUGAAUAACAUGAGAUUUUCUUGUAUGAUGGUGCAAUGUUUUGUUCCGAAUUUUAAAUUCAAAAAGCUCAUGCGAGAAGUUUAUUUCAAUGAUUGGAAAGAAAAAGGCAACACGGUUGCUUUGGAGAAACUAUUAUGAAGAUAUAAGACCUUUUUUUUGUUUGAAAUUAUUUCUGUAUUUGAAGUACCACAGUUUUCCAUUGUUAACAUCAAACUUUUUGAAUUCUUAGUUACAAUAAAAGGUUAUAAUUUUAUUUUUAUAAA